CAGCAACUCAGCAUGAAUCUUUCAAGAACAGAGUGUUUCUGCUGGACAGUCAGAUGAAGGAUGGAGAUCUGUCUGUGGUUCUGAAGAACGUGGAGAAUGAAGAUUCUGGAAAAUUCGAGUGUAAAGUCGGACAUGAAAAUGAUCCAGAUGAUUCCCUACUGAAGCUGAUCUCUAGCAUUCACUUGUCCGUGAUUCCUCCAGGUCUGAACAUCACUGCUGAACCUGGAGAUGACGUCACUCUGAGAUGUGAAGAUACAAACAUCACCAAGGUUUCAGUUUUAAACUGGACCAGAACUGACCUGCAGGAGGAUGAAUACGUGUUUCUCUACAGGAAUAACAGUGUUGAUCUUAAAAAUCAACCUGAAUCUUUCAAGAACCGAGUGUCUCUGAAUAACACUCAGAUGAAGGAUGGAGAUCUGUCUGUGGUUCUGGAGAACGUGACCGUUAAUGACAACGGAACGUACCAGUGUAGAGUCCUACAGGGAAGAUGGAAGCUGAAGUCCAUCAUCCACCUGCAGGUGUUUCCUCCUCCUCCAGGAGAGGAAGCAGAACGGAAAGGAGGAGGAGAGGAUGGAGUCAAAGAUGGAGUCGGUCGUGAUCGUCAUGGUCUGAUUGUUCUGUCAGUUCUUCUUGUUGCUCUGGUUCUAGUUGUUGGUUUCUUGAUCUACAAGAAGAUUAAAGCCCCAAAUCAAACUCCCAGAGAUUCCAACGACCAACAGAAUGCUGAACUUGAUCACCUGAACUCUGAUUCUAACACAGAGAGAAACACAGAAAACAACUGAAUUAUAAUGAGUUCUGGAUUAUACGAACACUUCAGUAAAUCAAAACACUCAUGGAAUUAUUGAACUGUUAUCAUUCAAUCCACUUUAAGAAACUAAGUCAACUGUUUAAAGUGUUAGUAAUGCCCUGGGACAAAGCUAAAAUGCGUAUCCAGAUAUAUUCCAUAUGUUCUAAUGUAUCAAAAAUAACAAAUAAUUACCAUUGACAAACGCAGGUUUUUGUAAA